UAAAGACAACGAACUCGGCAAGUGCUUAAGAAACGGGAAAAACGAUUCGUACGGAUAAGUAAACGGUGUGCAAAUCAAUAAAGUGCCUAAAGAGAGUGUUGAGUUCGAAACAAGAAGAAAACCGAAAAAGAACUUUAAAAUAAAGAAAUGAAAGUUGAUUAUCUGUAAUUAGCUUUUGUAUGCUGAACGAGUGCUAGUUUUUUUAAUCAUUCACUGUGGAUUGCUGCAGACGAAAGCGAAAGAGCGAAAACGAGAGAGUGAGAGAUGUCUAAUAUAAGACAUCGUCCCCUGGCCCCACCAGGGGCAGGAGAUAGCGAUGAUAACUUUACAGACGAUGAAAACACACCAUUAACCCAAGAUAUUUAUGGCGGAAGUCAACGUACUAUACAAGAAACAAAAGGCUGGGAUGUAUUCCGAGAUCCUCCGAUCAAAAUCGAAACUGGUUCGACGGCGAAUCAAGAAUGUUUAGAAUUGACUGUGAAAAUCCUAAAAAUUUUUGCCUACAUCAUUACCUUUAUCCUAGUGCUGGCCGGCGGUGUGAUGGCAAAAGGCUGUGUUUUAUUUAUGACAUCACAAUUACGUAAAGACAAGAAGCUUGAAUACUGUAAUAAAGAUCUGGGGCGCGAUAAAACGUUUGUCGUAAAACUACCUGAAGAGGAACGUAUUGCCUGGAUGUGGGCAUUAAUAAUAGCAUUUGCUAUACCCGAGCUGGGAUCUCUGAUACGCUCGGCUCGUAUUUGUUUCUUUAAGACGUUCAAAGUUCCAAAAAAAGAACAUUUUUGUUUUAUGCUAUUAAUGGAAAGUUUGAAUGCUUUUGGCACCGCUUUGUUAAUGUUUGUGAUAUUGCCUCAAUUGGAUGCGAUUCAAGGAGCUAUGCUUACUAAUUGCCUCUGUGUGAUGCCAGGUGUAUUGGGUUUAAUGUCACGCACUUCGAAAGAAGGCAAACGUUUCAUGAAAAUGCUUAUCGAUCUGGUAGCCGUAGCAGCUCAAGUAACCGGUUAUGUUAUUUGGCCACUUUUAGAAAAUCGUAAAGAAUUAUGGGUUAUACCUAUAGCAUGUCUAAUGAUUUCCUGUGGCUGGUGGGAGAAUUAUGUAUCCACUCAAUCUUCUUUCGGUUUAAUUAAAACAAUGGGACGCGUUAAAGAUGAAUUGAAAUAUACCCGUUACUUCAGUCAUAUGUUUCUUUCCGUAUGGAAGAUAACUUUGUUCCUUUGUUCGGUACUUUUUAUUUAUUGGACUCAAGGCGAAGACCCAGGCAAUAUGUUUACUUUAUAUACAGAUGCAUUUGGACCGCACAAGAUUUCCGUAGACGAGUUGGCAAUAACUUUAACAGGUAGCUUGCCGGAUACCCUGGAUGCGGCCAAUAUCGAUAGCAUUGAUAUUGACGCGGCCGAGAACACUGUCAUUUACGUUUUGCUCCUACAAAUACUUGGAGCUUACUUUUGUUACAUAUUCGGGAAAUUUGCCUGCAAAAUUCUGAUUCAAGGUUUCAGUUAUGCAUUCCCUGUCAGCCUAACGAUACCGGUUUCGGUCUCGCUUCUAAUAGCUGCCUGCGGCAUACGUAUAGACGAUCCAUGCUUUUUCCAUGAUACCAUACCCGAUUAUUUGUUCUUUACCAGCCCUUCAAAUUUUCGAUUCAACGAUUUUGUAACACAGCAAAUGGCUUGGGCCUGGAUCUUAUGGUUGUUAAGUCAGACAUGGAUUAGUUUGCAUAUUUGGACUCCGAAAUGUGAACGUUUAGCCACGACAGAGAAAUUGUUUGUUAAACCAAUGUAUUGCGCUCUGUUAAUCGACCAAUCGAUGGCCAUGAAUCGACGAAGAGACGAUCAGGCUGAUGUUAAAACAGAAGAUUUGUCAGAAAUUGAAAAAGAGAAAGGCGAUGAGUAUUAUGAAACAAUAUCAGUGCAUACGGACGGAUCGGCAGUUCAAAGUAAACCGACAAUCAAAUCUUCUGAUCAUAUUACUCGCAUUUAUGCUUGCGCUACCAUGUGGCAUGAAACGAAAGAUGAAAUGAUGGAAUUCUUGAAAAGUAUUAUGCGUCUAGACGAAGACCAGUGCGCUCGUCGUGUAGCUCAGAAAUAUUUACGCAUUGUCGAUCCAGAUUACUAUGAAUUCGAAACUCAUACAUUUUUCGACGAUGCUUUCGAAAUUUCCGAUCACAGCGAUGAUGAUAUUCAAGUAAAUCGUUUUGUAAAAUUAUUAGUAGCUACCAUGGAUGAGGCAGCUUCGGAAAUUCAUCAGACCACUAUACGUUUAAGGCCACCCAAGAAAUAUCCUACGCCAUAUGGAGGACGUCUGGUUUGGACUUUGCCUGGAAAAACAAAAUUCAUUGCCCAUCUAAAGGAUAAAGAUCGUAUACGUCAUCGUAAACGUUGGUCACAAGUUAUGUACAUGUACUACUUGCUAGGUCAUCGCCUUAUGGAACUGCCUAUUUCGGUAGAUCGUAAAGAUAUGAUAGCCGAAAAUACUUACCUUUUAACAUUGGAUGGUGAUAUUGAUUUCAAGCCUAACGCUGUCACGUUAUUGGUAGAUUUAAUGAAAAAGAACAGAAAUCUGGGCGCUGCUUGCGGUCGUAUUCACCCAGUUGGCUCCGGUCCUAUGGUGUGGUAUCAACUUUUUGAAUAUGCUAUUGGCCAUUGGCUUCAAAAAGCAACUGAGCACAUGAUUGGUUGCGUACUUUGUAGUCCUGGAUGUUUUUCACUCUUUCGUGGCAAAGCUUUGAUGGACGACAAUGUCAUGAAAAAGUAUACAACACGUUCGGAUGAAGCUCGUCAUUAUGUGCAAUACGAUCAAGGGGAAGAUCGUUGGCUUUGCACUUUAUUGCUACAGAGAGGUUAUCGUGUAGAAUAUUCAGCUGCCUCUGAUGCUUAUACGCAUUGUCCGGAAGGCUUCAAUGAAUUUUACAAUCAACGUCGUCGCUGGGUACCCUCGACUAUAGCCAACAUUAUGGAUCUGUUGGCCGACGCUAAGCGUACCAUUAAGAUUAACGAUAACAUAUCCUUGCUUUAUAUUUUUUAUCAAAUGAUGUUAAUGGGUGGAACGAUACUGGGUCCAGGUACUAUUUUUCUUAUGUUGGUGGGUGCCUUUGUGGCCGCUUUUCGUAUUGAUAAUUGGACUUCAUUCCAUUACAAUAUUGUACCGAUUCUUGGUUUUAUGUUCAUAUGCUUUACGUGCAAAUCCAACAUACAACUGUUUGUGGCCCAAGUCUUAUCAACCGCAUAUGCUCUCAUUAUGAUGGCUGUAAUAGUUGGUACAGCGUUGCAAUUAGGCGAGGACGGUAUCGGUUCGCCAUCGGCAAUAUUCUUAAUAGCCAUGACAGGAUCCUUCUUUAUAGCAGCCUGUUUACAUCCACAAGAAUUUUGGUGCAUUACAGCCGGUUUGAUAUACCUUCUGUCAAUUCCUUCUAUGUAUUUACUAUUGAUUUUGUAUUCGAUCAUUAACUUGAAUGUGGUGUCCUGGGGUACGAGAGAAGUGGUAGCCAAGAAGACUAAAAAAGAAUUGGAGGCGGAGAAGAAAGCAGCUGAAGAAGCUGCCAAAAAAGUUAAACAAAAAAGUAUGCUAGGCUUCUUACAAGGCGGUGUGGGUAACAACGGCGACGAAGAAGGUUCCGUUGAAUUUUCUUUAGCCGGUCUAUUCCGUUGCAUAUUUUGUACACACGGUCAAACGUCUGAUGACAAGCAGCAACUAACAGCAAUUGCUGAUUCCUUAGACACUAUUAAGAAUCGCAUUGACAGCAUUGAGCAAACGGUUAAUCCCAAUGAACAACAUUCACAUCGUCAUGGACGUAGGCGUACAACAUCGAGCAGUUCGAAAGAUCAUCAUCUACUCUCAUCGGUAGCGGAGAAAUCGGACGGCGAAACAGAAGAAUCGGGCUCGGACACAUCUGCCGAACCAAGGCAAGAGCGUGAUUUCCUUACCAACCCCUAUUGGAUUGAAGAUCCCGAAUUGCGUAAAGGUGAAGUGGAUUUUUUAUCCAGUUCAGAAAUACAAUUUUGGAAAGAUUUAAUCGACAAAUAUCUAUACCCGAUCGACAACGAUCCCGUUGAACAGGCACGUAUAGCAUCCGAUCUAAUUGAGCUGAGGAAUAAAGCGGUCUUCGCAUUUUUCAUGGCCAACGCCUUAUUCGUCUUGAUUGUGUUCUUGCUACAGCUAAAUAAGGACAAAUUGCAUAUUGUUUGGCCACUGGGUGUCAAAACGAAUAUAACAUACAUUGAAGAGACUUCUGAGGUUCAUAUAUCGAAGGAAUAUUUACAAUUGGAACCUAUCGGUUUGGUUUUUGUCUUCUUCUUCGCCUUAAUUCUAAUCAUACAAUUUGUGGCAAUGUUGUUCCAUCGUUUCGGUACAUUAUCUCAUAUAUUGGCAUCGACUGAAUUGAAUUUUUGCAAGAAGAAAUCUGAAGAUCUCUCACAGGAUGCUUUAAUUGAUAAGCAUGCUGUAGAAAUAGUUAAAAAUCUGCAACGUUUACAAGGCAUCGAUGGCGAUUAUGAUAACGAUUCUGGUAGUGGACCUGAUCGUAUAGCUCGUCGUAAGACUAUACAGAAUUUGGAAAAAGCACGACAACCACGUCGUCAAAUCGGUACAUUGGAUGUGGCAUUUAAGAAACGUUUCAUGAAACUGACCGCCGAUGCUGAAAAUAAUCCUUGUAAGCGAUAGAAAAAUUAUUUGGUUUGAUCAAAAAUUACCGAGAAUUCUCAAAUUGAUCGCGGUAUAAUUUAUAUGAUUGAUAUUAUAUUUAUGUCUGUUGGUAGAUAGAAAUGCGACAAAAUUUUCCACCGUUUAAUUUUCAUUUGCGCACUAGUAACUGACCCGAUACAUAGAAAUGGUGAAAAAAUGCUGUAAUGAUCAUAUUAAAGAAUUUGUCGUAAAAGUAUUUCUUUCUUGUAAGCAAGCGUUCAUCACAAGCGGAUUGUAUAUAAUAUCGUCAACAUUU